UCCUCAUGCUUUUCAUCUUCAUCAUCAUCAUCAUCAUCAUCAUCUCAACACGCUGUUUUCAAAUCUCCUCUCCUCUUUCGAUAAUGGAAACAGCAAUGAAAUUUCUGACUGAGUGAUUAAUUGCUGGCAAAGCAAUUACUAUCUGUCACGUUUUGGUUUUUUCUGCGAUCGCUUACGAAGCAAGAUUGGCGGCGCGCGCUAGCUCCAUUGUCGUCGAGUCUAGUCUUGUUGUUUGUGUACAUACACGUUUUCUUGCGCCAUGCCCCUUUGAACUCUUCUAAACUGUGUACAGCCUGUGAAUCUUUGUUUCUUCUAUAGGUAGCGGCAUUGCGUGCGUACUGGAUGAUCAUCAACAAUUAGCCACAAGAAUCGAAUUGUUGAGGAAGAAGAAUGGAGAUAUGUUACCAGCCUCACAUUGAUCGAGAGAUUGAAUCUCUCAUUGAAAGAAUUCAUCCUCCUUGGGUCAGCAUAGAAAAUGAUGCUUGCCGCAAUUGCACCGUAGUGAAGGUGGACAGUGCAAACAAGUAUGGGAUACUAUUAGAAAUGGUCCAGGUGUUGACAGAUCUUGACCUCAUCAUUUCCAAAUCAUACAUUUCCUCUGAUGGUGGAUGGUUCAUGGACGUGUUCCAUGUGACUGAUCAAGCUGGCAAGAAGCUCACAGACGAAACUCUCAUGCGCCGCAUUGAACAGGGAUUGUGCACCACUAGAGCAAAAGGGGACAAUUCAAGGGAUGCAGAAGUGCCUGAAGCUGACUGUGAGGAACAAGGGCCCCAAGCAGAGAACACAGCGUUGGAGAUGAGUGGGAUGGACAGACCGGGCCUGCUAUCAGAAAUAGCUGCAGUGCUUGCAGACUUGGGCUGCAACGUGACCUCUGCCAACGCCUGGACCCACAACGAGAUGACGGCCUGCAUCUUCUACGUGGAGGACGCAGCAAAGCCCGGGCCCAUCAAAGACCCAACGCGGCUAGCCCAGGUGGAGGAGCAGCUGGAGAGUGUGGUGGAAGCCCACCACGGGAAGCGAGAGAGGAAGAGCGUCAGGCUCACAAACUUCGCCGCUGGACGCACCCACACCGAACGGCGGCUCCACCAGCUGAUGUACGCGGACAGGGACUACGAGAGCUGCCGCGCCUGCGACGGUGACAGUAGCGGCGAGCAUAAGAAGGGAUGCGAUGGGACACAUGUUUCUAUCAUCAGAUGCCGUGACAGAGGGUAUUGGAUGGUGAACGUGACGAGCAGGGACCGCCCUAAGCUGCUGUUCGACACCGUGUGUGUUCUGACUGACCUGCGGUAUGUGGUGUUUCACGCCGCCAUUCGCUCCAAGAAAUCCAUGGCCGAUCAGGAGUACUUUAUCAGGCAUAAGGAGGAUAGUAAAGCUCUUUUCGAUGAAAGCGAGAAGCAGAAGAUGAUCUUGUGCAUAAUCGCUGCAAUAGAGCGCAGAGUCUCGCAUGGAUUGAAGGUAGAUAUUCGAACUGAGAACAGAGUGGGGCUACUAUCAAAAGUGACCAGGGUGUUUCGUGAGAAUGGACUAUACAUAUCAAGGGUUGAGAUUGGAACAAAGGGGGAGGAAGCAGUGGGAACAUUCUUUGUGAAUGAUUCUUCAGGUGGAGAAGUGAACCCCGGUAUAGCAGAGUUGGUGAGACAAGAGUGUGGUGGAACCGUAGUUACUGAUAAAAUGACUCCUCACAGAGUGUCUCAGACAUCACCGUGGGCGAUUGUACGUGAAAAUGUGGAGGCUAAGCCACGGUUUUCUCUGGGAAGCAUGCUGUGGUCUCAGUUUGAGCGGUUCUCAGGUAACUUUGGCUCCCAUUGACCUGAGAUCAGAAGAUACCAUCUCUGGAACAUGUGUUCUGCUUGAAGGAAUUACUGUCAAGUCUCAAGUAAAAAUUUGCCUGUGUAUAUAGAAAUUUUUUUAGUUAGUUUUUCUGUUUCUCAUCGUUUUGAUCUUAUGCUUGGGCAAAAGGGUAAAUGAACAUAGUUUUCUAAGCUGUGUUUAGUUUACUCUUCAAUUUUCAUGGUGACCGUACAUAGUUUCCUCACUUGAAAAGGCCAGGCUAGGUAUUACACGAUGAGAAAUCAGAUUUACUAGCAAAGAAUUUGCAAAAACCUCCUAGUGGUAGUAUUAGAAGUGAUUGUAUAGGAUAUACAUUCUUUUGUUCAAAUGUUCAAGCAUUCAUUGGUUUAAAAGCGCUUCCAAUUUACUGCAUUCUUUAUCUCUGAGAUUUCUUA